AUGGAAAGAUUCCAGUUUUCCAUGCGCAAACGGCUGUACAGCUUGCCGCAAAACAUUGGACAAAAACCCUUCGUGAUUGACGAAGGAGACAACGGCGACAAGGACACUAAGAGGAAAAGUAUUCGGCUAAAACAUUUGUCCUCUCCGUCUCCUGCAAGCAGUUGCAAGAGCAUUGAGGAGGCCAGGAGCGAAGACUUGAGGAGGGACGUUACUGUGAAGACCAACUUGAACGGGGACUGUCGCUUAUUUAGGGGAAGCAUCUCCUCCAUCACCGGGCGGCAUCCUCCCGGGUCAGAUCCAGCGGAGCAGCGGCGCCUCAUCCCCGAGGUGGGUGUCAGCGAGAGUUACCCCAGUGAGCCCAGCCCCGGGGCCCAGCAGCAGGCAGCGGUUGGUCUGAGUGGCACAGCCGGGCAAGAGUCUACGUUUGACCAGUCAAGUUUCAUCAAGUUGGAGGGUACCGAGCAAAUCAUGCCUGAGGACCAAGCUGGCUUCAUGCACCGGCAGUUUGGGGCGAUGCUCCAACCGGGAGUCAACAAGUUCUCCCUGCGGAUGUUGGGGAGUGAGAGGGCCGUGGAGCACGAGAGGGAACGAGUAAAGUCUGCUGGCUUCUGGAUAAUCCACCCGUACAGUGAUUUUAGGUUCUACUGGGACCUGACCAUGCUGCUGCUGAUGGUGGGAAACCUCAUCAUUAUCCCUGUGGGCAUCACCUUCUUCAAGGACGAGCACACGCCGCCCUGGAUCGUCUUCAACGUGGUCUCGGACACCUUCUUCCUCAUGGACCUGGUCCUCAACUUCCGCACAGGCAUCGUCAAGGAGGACAACACGGAGAUCAUACUGGACCCUCAUAAGAUUAAGAUCAAGUACUUGAAGACCUGGUUUGUGGUGGAUUUCAUCUCCUCCAUACCUGUGGACUACAUCUUUCUCAUCGUGGAGACACGCAUCGACUCAGACUUUUACAAGACGGCCCGAGCCCUCAGGAUCGUCCGGUUCACCAAGAUCCUCAGUCUGCUGCGGCUGCUGCGCCUCUCCAGACUCAUUCGCUACAUCCACCAGUGGGAAGAGGUUUUCCAUAUGACCUAUGACCUGGCCAGCGCCAUGGUGCGCAUCAUGAACCUGAUCGGUAUGAUGCUGCUGCUGUGUCACUGGGAUGGCUGUCUGCAGUUCCUGGUUCCCAUGCUACAGGACUUCCCUGCUGACUGCUGGGUCACGAGAAACAAGAUGGUGAAUGACACGUGGGGUCAGCAAUACUCCUACGCCCUGUUCAAGGCCAUGAGUCACAUGCUGUGCAUCGGGUACGGCCUGUACCCCCCUAUUGGCAUGGCUGACGUGUGGCUCACCAUCCUCAGCAUGAUAGUGGGCGCUACCUGCUUUGCCAUGUUUGUGGGGCAUGCGACUGCACUCAUUCAGUCUCUGGACUCCUCCAGGAGGCAGUACCAAGAAAAGUAUAAACAGGUGGAGCAGUACAUGUCCUUCCACAAGCUCCCUGCCGACAUGCGCCAGAGGAUCCACGACUACUACGAACACCGUUAUCAGGGCAAGAUGUUUGACGAGGAAAGCAUUUUGGAGGAGCUUAAUGAGCCACUACGAGAGGAGAUAAUCAACUUCAACUGUCGUAAACUGGUGGCCUCCAUGCCUCUGUUUGCCAAUGCUGAUCCAAAUUUUGUCACCUCAAUGCUGACAAAACUGCAGUUUGAGGUCUUCCAGCCGGGCGACUACAUCAUCAGAGAGGGAACCAUCGGCAAGAAGAUGUUCUUCAUCCAGCACGGCGUCGUCAGUGUCCUCACCAAGAGCAGCACCAUCUGUGGGGUUCAGCCAUCAGACACCAAGCUGUCUGAUGGCUCUUAUUUUGGAGAGAUCUGCCUGCUGACCCGAGGUCGGAGGACAGCCAGCGUGCGAGCAAAUAACUACUGCCGGCUGUACUCUCUGUCGGUGGACAACUUCAACGAGGUGCUGGAGGAGUUUCCCAUGAUGAGGAGGGCCUUCGAGACCGUGGCUCUCGACCGCUUGGACCGCAUCGGGAAGAGGAACUCUGUUCUUCAGAAUAAAGUCCAGCAUCAUCAAAGUUCUGGCACACUAAACUUCCAAGAGACCGAGAUCAUCCAAAGAAUAGUGCAACAUGACCGUGACAUGGCCCAAUGCACGCAGCUGAUCCAGGCCAGCCCACAGAUCCUUCACCCUCUCCCUGCUCCACCAUCACCCACCCCGGUCAUCUGGGCCCCGCUUAUUCAGGCCCCGCUCCAGGCUGCUGCUGCCACCACCCCUCUGGCUCUGGCCUUAGCCCAUCACUCCCAGCUGCCUCCCAUCCUGUUCCACCAUCCUCUGACAGCCCCCCUCAAGGACCCCACCAUCUUUCCAAAGAGAGUCCAUGUUGGAGCGAACAUGUCCAGUAGCUGCGUUUCAGGACCCGGUUCUCCUUCCUGCUCCAACAAUUUCAGAUCUGGUAUUGAGACUCCCAUACUGGCGUCCCUCAGGCCUCAGCAUCUCGCCGCUGGCCCCGUGUCUCCCACAAUGACGUCCCCGCCCAUCUUCACAAGCAGCCUGCAGCCUCUUGCCCCUAUGUCCUCACACCAGCUCCCGCACUACCCUCUCCACUCUGGCAUGGCCUCAGUCUUCCCCAGCAGCCAGACCACUGUCUCCUACACCUGCUCUGCUCAGCUCCACCCUCAGCCCUUCUACGGUGCUAUGACCACUCCACCUCAUCCGAUAGGUUUACUCCAGCAGGGGGCGCCAGGGAGGCUUGCAGGGAGAUUCCCAGCCCACUCUGCCUCCACCAUAAACCCUCUCAUCUCCAGCUCAGUCAGCCCCAUACUAAGCCAGCUGCAGCACACCUCUCACGCCACCGCUCAGCAGAUGGGGUACAGUCAUGACAGCGCACGCAGGACAUCCAGUGGUCUGAGCCUCCCACGUUUUCCCUUCAUCACCAGCUCUCAGCCCUCCACUGGAUUUAUUCAGCCAGUUUCUGCAAUCGGAGCUGGGGCCGCAGCCUCCCUGGCGCAGCAAAGCCUUGCAGGUCUCCAGUCUGUUUUCCUCCCCCAGGUUUUCCACGAGCACUCUGCCCUCGCCUCCCUGGCUCAGUAUGGCUCCGCCGAAGUCUCGCCCUGCUACACGCCUCCGGUCCACAGUCCCAGCAUACAGAGUCCUGUGAUCGGAAGGACAUUUUACUACAGUGAGCUCCCCAGCGCAGUGGGCUCCCGCAGUCCUCUAACCCCUCAGACCUCAUUCCCUGCCAGGGUGGCCUGUACCCUCAAAGAGAGGUCCGAGUCCUCGGUGGAUCUCUUUACCCAGGAAAUAAAGACUAUCUCAGGCUCUCACAGCUCCAUAUACCAGGAAAGGCCUUUGGCCAUGAGCGGCUUCGCAGAGGGGGUAGUGGGGGAAACCAGCCCUUUCUUCUCCCCCAUGGCUGCUAGUAAACCCUACAGCCCGAUCCCGGGUCAAGUUGCUCCUGUCAGUCGGACAUAUUCAGGACCCGAACCUCAGAACCAGCCCGCUGGCGUUCACUCUCCCCCCGCUAGAUCCCCUGCUAAGAUGUUAGAGACCGAACACAAACAGUCCAAACUUCCAUCCAACUUGUGAGGUUCUGACACACCCUCCUUUGAUGCCUGAACAAACUGGAGGUCAACACCUUCUUGGCAUUGUUUUAACCACUACUUUGUACAAUUUUAAAGUAGGAGGGUGUGUUAUUCUUAUCAGAUUGGCGAUUGGUGGUUUUUCAUUUUUAAUCAGACAGAAUAAAUAAUUAUGGACAAUGAUGGAUAUUUUUCUACAGGAUAUUGCAUCUUUGAAUAUAGUAAUAAAAUCCAAAACCUAUUGUUGGGUAUAUAUAGCACCUCAUGAAAAUAUCAAAUGUUCUAUGUAUUGUAUUAUAACCACACUCUGUGAUUUGUUUUAAGUAUUUUGUUUAAACCCCAUUGUUCCGGAUAUUUUGUGUAACCUUUUAGCUACACCCGUUUAGUUGGACAUUUUUCCACAACUGUAUCCUGUUAUGAUUGAAACCAAAAAUGAUUCUCCUUUUGUAUGUAUUUUCCCACCACCGAGUGUGUUGUGUGAAUGCAAGGUUACUAGGAGAUUUGCGGAGGGACAGACUGUGCACUUUGCUCGUUUCAGAGAUCACCUAACGUAAUGGUUUGAUGACAGCAUGUCUUCCAAGAUAGCGUUUCAGCAAUAUUGCACACCAAAUGGGUCAUAGAAAUCAGAUCACACUCCAAAAAACUGAAGUAAUGAAUGUAAUGUAAUGUUUGUCUGUCUGAAUGGGAGAAGCGGGAUUUAUUUUUGAUGUGUCGAACUCGAGGGCGAUGAUGGUUUUCUGUAGCGUGCUGGAAAGUGUAACCAGUUUCAGACACAUUUCCACGACCACUUCGGCGCGUGGCGAGACGCACCACUGAUGCCAACUCAUGUUAGUCUGACAAUAACUUCGGUACAGAACAUUUGUUUUUGUGCCAUCAGCAUAGUAUGCAAUAAUCUGUGUUUUUUUUAUGGGUAUACAAAGGUACUGUGAAUCGAAGCACUUGAGUGAAUGAGUGAGAUUCUGUUCUUAGUUAGAAAACAGAUUAAAACAAGGGAAUCACAUGGAAUUAAAGCAAUUGUGGAUAAUCAAACAUCCUGAAACCAGCAAUGCACUAAGACUGAUCUGAAUGUUUCUUGGACCAGUCAAAGGGCUAAAAGCAGUUACUUGGACACGUGGUUGACAAGAAACCCUGAUGGGUCAUGUUGCUGCAUAUUUACCUCUUUCAUUUUACAUUAUUUGAUUGUAAGAUUUGACAUCUGUUGUUAAACAAUUGCUGCUUUGUGAUGCUAUGCUGACUCAAUAAGACAUGUAUCACUGACUGAUUUUUUUAAAACCAGACUCUUAAAUCCUUCUACUUGUUAAUAAGUCCAUGUGUUUAGAUGAUACUUCUCUUCCUCUGUGUGGAGCUUUGGCCGCUGAGGAACUGUGAGCAGGUCAGCAGGUCAAACCAUCGGAGGAUCCUGUCCAGCGGUGUUAGCUGCCUGGUUGCUGAACCUGAGGUUUGCUGUGACUCUGAACCCGCCGAGGGAAGAGAGAUACUAUCCGUCACCAGCCGGUCACUGCCAAUGGGCUCGAUCAAUCCCUCAUUACUAUUCUCCUCCGAGCACGCACCUCCACACCACCUGCCAGAGGCGUCGGCUUGGGUUGAGUGUAAGGUUACUUUGAGUGCAUUCAACUUAUAGGUGUGUGUAGGAGAAGAGGUGUCAGUCAUUCAUCUAUUUAUAUAUUUAUUUCUCAUUUUGCUGCCUUUUUAACCAACAAAUCUGAAGAUUCCACCACCUAUGUAUGUUAGGUAUAUUUAAUUUUAGCUACUGAAUUCAGUGCAAUAAAAUAACAUAUGGUCAAUGAUGCUCGUCCUAGCUGUUGAUUUCUUUUCAAAAGCAGAGCGUGGCAUGUAAGGAG